AUGAGAUGGGUGGAGGAGAGUUUCACCAACUUCGACAAGGGGAUAAACUGGAGAUCAUACGUUGUGUGUGAUGUGGCAUAUUCGGACGUUAACAACUGGCUUUGGACACCCUUCAUCGAACGGGGUCCGGCUCAGAGGAUCUACAUCGAGAUCAAGUUCUCGAUGCGAGACUGUGCCCUCUUUCCCGGGACGGCGUUGAGCUGCAAAGAGACCUUCUCGCUACUGUAUUACGAGUUCGACGUUGCAACCCACGAGCCACCACCUUGGCAACCCGAGUCCUAUACCCUCGUGGACCGGAUCGCGGCCGACGAAGGUCGCUUCACCCAGACUGGAGAUGUCAUCAUCAACACGGAAGUUCGCUCCAUCCCAGUCACAAAGAAAGGCGUCUACUUCGCCUUCAGGGAUCAAGGGGCGUGCAUAUCCCUGCUGGCGAUUCGAGUGUUUUACAUCGCGUGCCCGGAGAUCGUGGCAGGAUUGGCGCGUUUCCCAGAGACUUUGACGGGACCGGAUUUGACAUCGAUAGAGACGGCGGCGGGUCAAUGUGCUGCACAUGCACAAAAUUCCGGUCCCGAACCCCCGCAUUACCUCUGCAAAGCCGAUGGCACCUGGUAUUUCCUCACCGGGGAAUGUCUCUGCCAACCCGGCUAUGAACCCGACGACACCAUGCAGUCUUGUAAAGACUCAUGGGGAGAAGAAUCCAUGCAAAUGCCCCCCAGCAUCAUCAUCCUUGCCCUCUCUUUGUCUCACUCGCAUGAAACAUGGUGUCAAUGUCCUCCGGGGAGAUAUCAGCCUCAACCAGGUGGAAAAAAGGGUUGCCUGCCCUGCCCUCCUCAUUCCUUUGCCCCCCAUGCGGGGCUUUCGGAAUGCCGCUGUGACCCCGGAUACUUCAGGGCACCUCAGGACCCUAAAGAGACACCGUGCACCCGUCAGUCUUCUUUUCCUUUCCACUCGUCGCGAUCCCACCAGGAAAGAGCACCUUUUAAAAAUUAUGAAUUCUUUUCAGGACCUCCGUCGGCGCCUCAAAACCUGACUGUGAACUUCGUAGACCAGUCGACUGUGAUUUUAUCGUGGAAUCCGCCAUAUAACACAGGAGGACGGACGGACAUUCGUUAUCGAAUGGAGUGCGACACCUGUGACGAAUCCGUCACUUAUCUCCCCGCCCCCGCAGGACGCGAGAGUUUCAACGAAACGAAGGUGACGAUCUCGCGACUCCGCCCAGUGACAAAGUACCGGUUCCAAGUCUACUCGGAGAACGGGGUCUCUGAUCAAUCAGACGAAAGCAAUUAUGUCCAUAUCACCGUCACUACCGAAGCUCAAGUGUCCUUGAUGGUGUCGAACGUGCGUGUGGUGGACGUGAAGUCGACAGAGAUCGUGUUGGCGUGGGACGCCCCGAACGAUCCCUUCACGGACAUCGAGAUGUACGAAGUGCGAUAUUUCGUCAAGGGACAGGAAGGGAAUGCUUCAACUGUGCUGACGAAGAAAGAUGAGAAUCCCUUCCCGAACUUGGAACAGAGGACGGAAUACGGGUUUCAGGUUCGAGCAAAGACGGACCAGGGGUGGGGAGAAUUUUCUACUCCGGCCGUAUAUCGGAUGACCGGUCACGUACUGGCCUUCGUCGGCGACGACGAGAACAAGGAGGUCCACAUCAUUGCCGGCGUCACUGUCGCUGUCGUCCUCCUACUCCUCUUCCUCCUACUCGCCGCCUUCUUCAUCAUCAGGAGCCGAGGGAACGAGGAAUGCAGAAAGAAGCAGCCGAGCGACUGUGACACCCUGGAAUAUCGCAACGGAGAAGUGCUUAGUCGAGUGGACAAUCCCCAGAUAGUGACCACGCACACUACUAACAUGACGACUCCGUUGUUCACGCAAGUGGGUCCCCCGCGAACCUACGUGGAUCCCCAUACCUACGAGGACCCGAAUCAGGCCGUGAAGGAAUUUGCACGGAGAGAGGUGUCUCUUCCCUCUCUUAACGCCAAUCACCAAGGGAAAUGUAAGUUGCCGGCUCCGAUGGACUGUCCGGAGGCCCUUCAUCAGCUCAUGUUGGACUGCUGGCAAAAAGAGCGGACUCAUCGUCCGACUUUCGGUUCGAUUGUCCAAACCCUGGACAGGCUCAUCCGGUGCCCUGAUACCCUCAGGAAACUCACUCAGAACCGACCAAACCAGAAUCCGUUGGCGCCCGAUGCGCCGGACUUGACUCGAUUGUCUUCAGUGGCCGAGUGGUUAACGUCCGUCAAGAUGUCCAGAUAUUUGGAAAACUUUGAAAGGGCCGGGAUCGAUUCUCUUGAACACGUGGCUCGACUCACGUUACAAGAUCUCCAGGUCCUCGGCAUCUCCCUCGUAGGACAUCAGAAGAAAAUCAUGAACAGUAUACAGACGAUGAGGGCCCAGAUGUCCCUUAACAUCUCCGAUGGCUUCCUCGUCUAGCACAACACAUAUCUUUCUCUCGUCCGGACGUGAAACCUUCACUCUUCCUUCCUUCCUUCCUUCAUCAUCUGCCACUGUGACCAAAGACGGAGUUGGGUUUUUUUUUUUCACCCGUCGUUGAUUUUUUGCUCAACGUGUUUGUCGGUCUUUCAAGGACAUUCUCACUCUCUCCAGUCUCCACUGCCCUUGCACUGAAGAUCAAAAAUCGAAGACGCGAGUCUUCCUACCUUCCACUUUUUUUUCUGUCUUUUGUCCCCCACCCGUCGAGGGAUUUCGGGGAGGCCAACGCAUUCUCUCCAAGCUCUCUCACCGAGAGCUGUCAUUUGUGAUACCUUCAUUUCGACUAGAUGUUAUCAAUAAUAAUUAUUGUGGAUCUUUCCUUUUUAUUGUUUUGGAUUUUUUGUUGAGUUUGAUCUUUGUUUCUGCUCUGGAAAGAACCUGUCGGGGAAGAAGGAACGCGAAACCAGGAUGCAUUUCUACGCUAUGCAAAUUACAUCAAAAAAAGAUAUUGUUUCCCCGUUAAUGUGGAAAUCCCCCGACAACGUGCAGAAUGUGAUAGCCAAGAGAGGAUCGUGUGCAUGCGCAUUUGAGUGAGUUCGUCAGAAGGGCUAGAAUCUCGUAUGAGGUUUUUUCUGUAUGAGGAAGUUGUGAAUGAAAUGAUCUGAAGGAAGAAAAAUGAAAC